CUGCCAUCGAAUGUGAUCGAGGUCUCAGCGCUGCCACAGGGCCGCCGCGUGCCUAUUUGCUGGCUCAGAAGUCGCACGGCUCACUGGUGGUUGCCGGUGUGCAAUCGAACGUUCAGCCGUACGCCAGCCGCCGCGCAAUCACACGCCAAAGCCAGCGGCCGAAUUUUCACGCGCAAUCACCAUGCGCUUAGCACUCACACUCCUCAUCAUCACCACGACAAGGGCCCAGCCCCAGCUCUGGCGCGACUUGAAAGAGCGCAACGAGCGCUUCGCGAGGAAGCCGAUCCGGCCAACGAGGCAGACGCGCGGCCAAGCUAGAAUAACGCCGCGCAAGCCCCAGUUACCUCAUUUGCAAUAUCGAAAGCACGAGCUCGAUUAUGCCAGCCACCACGCCUAUGUUGAUUUCGAGCACAAGUUGCUGUACUGCGCGAUCCCCAAAGUCGCGUGCACGGAGUUCUUUCGUUUGUUCCACCGCAUGGCCGAUUCCAAAAAAAAGUGUGCCACCGUGGGCCAAUGUGCGACUCAAAUGACCGAACGGCAGCGCAACCGCUGGAAGGGCGACCCGCACUUCCGGCCCGACAAACCAAUUCUCAACAAAGUCGCGACGCCCGAGGAAGCCACGCACGCCAUGAACGACAAAAACUUCACGAAAUUCGUGUUUUUCCGGGACCCUGCGGAGAGGUUACUUUCAGCAUAUUUGGACAAGUUCGAGCACGGGUCGAGGUAUCGCGUCGGGUAUGGUUUACGUAUCUUCAAAGAUCCGAAGAUGAACUUUUCGGGGUUUGUGGAACGGAUUGAGAGAGUGAACAAACGAAGAUCAAACCCAGAUGGGUUGCACCCGCACACGAACCCGCACUGGCGGCCGCAGCGCUUCAUGUGCAAUUUGGAGAAGUUUUUACCGCUGUACACCUUCGUGGGGUCCUUUACUCAUCUGAGGGAGCACACCGAGUUGAUGCUGAGACAGGCUAACUUGUGGGAGGAGUUCGGUGCGCGUGGGUGGCCGCUCAAAGCACCAGGAGGUUCAGGGAAGGUGCCGGCGCGGGGGCCCACCGGUAGUAUGUUUCAGAAGAACACGGCCUGGCACGCCGAUGGUACUUCCAGCAAAACGGAGCAGUACUACACGCCCGAGCUCCUUGCUCGUGUGAGAAAAGCCUACGCCAUGGACUACGAGAUGCUUGAAUCUAUCAACGCUUUGGGUUCGGAACCGACGACGGGCGCCGCGUGGGCUGCCUCAUUGAAUGCGAAGCAGAAGCUCUGGCACUUCGACCGCGGCUUUUAUGAUGAGGCGCUCAAGCCGCCCGAGUCAAAGUGUCCUGAAAAGCCCUAUAGCUGUUAAUUUUGAAUUUUGUCAACUCGCGACGAUGGCGUCACGGCGAG